UCGGACGCAGCGCAGAGCCGCGGGCGGGCGGGCGGACGGACCGACCGACUGACUGACGGGAGGGCUGGGAGGCGAGCAAGAUGGCGCAUACUCAGGGCACCAAAAGGAAAGUCUGUUACUACUACGAUGGGGACGUUGGGAAUUACUAUUAUGGACAAGGCCACCCGAUGAAGCCUCACCGAAUCCGCAUGACUCACAACUUGCUGCUCAACUACGGUCUCUACCGAAAAAUGGAAAUCUAUCGCCCUCACAAAGCUAAUGCUGAGGAGAUGACCAAGUACCACAGUGAUGACUACAUUAAAUUCUUGCGCUCCAUUCGUCCAGACAACAUGUCUGAGUACAGCAAACAGAUGCAAAGAUCAAGUGCCGUGAAACUUAAUAAGCAACAGACGGACAUCGCUGUGAAUUGGGCUGGGGGCCUGCACCAUGCAAAGAAGUCUGAGGCAUCUGGCUUCUGUUAUGUCAACGAUAUCGUCUUGGCCAUCCUGGAAUUGCUAAAGUAUCACCAGAGGGUGCUGUAUAUUGACAUUGAUAUUCACCAUGGUGAUGGCGUGGAAGAGGCCUUCUACACCACAGACCGCGUCAUGACUGUGUCCUUUCAUAAAUAUGGAGAGUACUUCCCAGGAACUGGUGACUUACGGGAUAUUGGGGCUGGCAAAGGCAAGUAUUAUGCUGUUAACUACCCACUCCGAGAUGGCAUCGAUGAUGAGUCCUAUGAGGCCAUCUUCAAGCCGGUCAUGUCCAAAGUAAUGGAGAUGUUCCAGCCUAGUGCAGUGGUCUUACAGUGUGGCUCAGACUCCCUGUCUGGGGAUCGGUUAGGUUGCUUCAAUCUGACCAUCAAAGGGCAUGCCAAGUGUGUGGAAUUUGUCAAGAGCUUCAACCUGCCCAUGCUGAUGCUAGGAGGAGGUGGUUACACCAUUCGAAAUGUUGCUCGGUGCUGGACAUAUGAAACAGCAGUGGCCCUGGACACAGAGAUCCCAAAUGAGCUGCCAUACAAUGACUAUUUCGAAUACUUUGGACCAGACUUCAAGCUUCACAUCAGUCCUUCUAAUAUGACUAACCAGAACACUAAUGAGUACCUGGAAAAGAUCAAACAGCGGCUCUUUGAGAACCUGAGAAUGCUACCCCAUGCACCUGGGGUCCAAAUGCAAGCAAUUCCUGAGGACGCCAUCCCAGAGGAGAGUGGUGAUGAGGAUGAAGAAGACCCGGACAAGCGCAUCUCAAUCUGCUCCUCUGACAAACGAAUUGCCUGUGAGGAAGAAUUCUCUGACUCAGAUGAGGAGGGAGAGGGUGGCCGCAAGAACUCUUCCAAUUUCAAAAAAGCCAAGAGAGUCAAAACAGAGGAUGAAAAAGAGAAAGACCCAGAAGAGAAGAAAGAAGUUACAGAAGAGGAGAAAACCAAGGAGGAGAAGCCAGAAGCCAAAGGGGUCAAAGAAGAGGUCAAGUUGGCCUGAGCAGACCUCUCCAGCUCUGGUUUCUUAACAAGUUCCCUACCUUUCUCCCUAACCCCUCAGAUUUUAUAUUUUCUAUUUCUCUGCGUAUUUAUAUAAAAAUAUAUUAAAUAUAAAUAUCCCCAGGGACUAGAUAGGAACCAGGGCCCUAAGCCCAGGGCAGCAGUGCUGGGGGAACUUCCGGUAGCUGCCUUGCCCCCAUCCCUCCCCGAGUCCUAGUUCUGAAGCAUAAAAGGUGCAGGUCUGGGUGAAGGAUGCAGCCAUGACAAAAAUCCUGAAAUACCAAGUGCCUGCUUAGUAGUCCUGGAACAAUGCCCUUAUUAAGAAAUAGUGGCUGGGUCUUCUAAAUGCUACCAGCCAUUUUUAGACUGGUUCUGUUUUCAUACCUUGCCAUUGGCCUCAGGUGAGUCAAGAAACUCCUGCUACCCUGUCCUCCCCAAUUCUGUAGGUGGUUGGUAGUCUAACUUCCUUUUUGAGAUACUAUUUUCAUUUUUGUGACUCUUUGUAAUAAAAUGGUACAUUUCUAUACCCUUC